CAGAUAACGCCCUGGUAACGUGUAAGUGACGCAGUCACCAAGCGAAAAGAGUCAACCAUGAGUUGUACCAAGGUUAUGGCCGCCGUUCUGGUCGUGGCCAUCGCAGCGUCGGGAGCCGCUGCCUCAGCGCCUUCGUGCAUCAACAUCACACUCACUAACAUACUGGGCAUCGGCAACUGUAUCGGCAGUUCUACAAACUUCUGUGGCAGCAGCAAUGCAAGUGCCUCGGCCCAAGCCAUCGCUACAAUAACGAGAUGCGCCAUCCAGGGAAUCGUCGCCAAUGGUUCGCCUCAAGGAAUCAUCGAUACUCUGCUGCCCCUGCUUGUGAUAACAGUGAGCCGCUACGUUCCAGGUGGUGCCAACCUAGGUAGCCUCCUCAACACGGGCGGUUUAGGAGGACUCGGCAUGGGCUCCCUCGUCAGGAACGACUCCUGCAAUGGCUCGAUCAACAUCGCCCUGUCUGCCAUGGGCGGCAACCUGAGCAGUUGCACCGGUGACAUACUGAUGACGUGCACGGCUGGAUCACCGACCACGACAAGCAUGAUCCAGUCUGACUUCCAAGCCAUUGCCUGCCUGCUUCGUCAACUUCCGGCAAGCCAGUUUGCAACAGCCGCCCAGAGCUUCGUCUGCCCGCUGUUGCAAGCGGUCAGCUCUGCCGGGUCAAGCAACAUAUUUCUUCAACUGGCUCUGAUUGGCAUUCGGACGUCGCUACAGACAGCACUCGGUAUCCAAUGUUCUUCUCUUCCAAGCCUGCCUACUUUUGGAUAAAAGCUGGAUUCAGAGACAACGAACA